UUCUUCGCCGCCAUCUUGUUGUGACGGCUUCCCUUGCAUUGUUCUAGGCCGGGGCCUUGGUUGCCGGUUCAGAGAUACGAGUACAAACAAGACCAGCAAAAAAUACCUUUUUACGCACCAGCAACCAGGUAGGCCGGCCCGCAUCAUCCUGCCCUGAGCCGGGUCCCUCAGGACAGAGCGUGGCCCAUAGCCUGGAACCAUGGACGAGGAGCUGCCUAGGACCCUGUAUGUGGGAAACCUGUCUAGGGAUGUGACAGAAGCUUUGAUUCUACAAGUGUUCAGUCAGCUUGGUCCAUGCAAAAGCUGCAAGAUGAUCAUGGAUCAGACUGCUGGAAACGAUCCUUACUGCUUUGUGGAAUUCUAUGAACAUCGAAGUGCAGCUGCAUCUCUAGCUGCUAUGAAUGGUCGGAAGAUAUUGGGCAAGGAAGUCAAAGUCAACUGGGCUACAACUCCCAGCAGCCAGAAGAAAGACGCAAGCAGUAGUUCCGUUGUCAGCACACUGCGUUCUCAAGAUCAUUUUCAUGUCUUUGUUGGUGACCUGAGUCCAGAAAUAACAACUGAUGAUAUAAAAGCUGCCUUUGGACCCUUUGGCAGAAUUUCAGAUGCACGGGUUGUGAAAGAUAUGACAACUGGAAAAUCUAAGGGCUAUGGAUUUGUGUCCUUUUUCAAUAAAUGGGAUGCAGAAAAUGCCAUUGCACAGAUGGGAGGCCAGUGGCUUGGGGGUCGACAGAUCCGAACAAAUUGGGCCACAAGAAAGCCUCCAGCCCCAAAAAGCACCUAUGAAACUAAUACAAAACAAUUGUCAUAUGACGAAGUGGUCAACCAAUCAAGUCCUAGCAACUGCACUGUAUACUGUGGCGGUGUCACAUCAGGUUUAACAGAGCAACUGAUGCGACAAACUUUUUCCCUUUUUGGGCAAAUAAUGGAAGUUAGAGUCUUUCCAGACAAAGGGUACUCAUUUGUACGGUUUAAUUCUCACGAAAGUGCAGCUCACGCAAUAGUUAGCGUUAAUGGAACUACUAUUGAGGGACAUGUGGUGAAGUGUUACUGGGGCAAAGAAACUCCAGAUAUGCUGAAUCCAGUUCAGCAGGUAAGAGAGCAAAGCCAAAUUAGUUUUCCACCUCCCUACGGACAAUGGAAUCAGUGGUACGGAGGAGCUCAGCAGAUAAGCCAGUAUGUACCCAAUGGCUGGCAGGUACCAGCAUACGGAUUGUAUGGUCAGGCAUGGAACCAACAGGGAUUUAGUCAAACUCCGUCGUCGGCUCCAGCAUGGAUGGGACCAAAUUAUAGUGUGCAGCCAACUCCAGGACAGAAUGGAACCAUGAUCACAAACCAAACAGGCUACAGAAUGGCUUGAUACCAAACGCAAUGAGGAAGGACUCCCCAACAUACAGCAGUUUAAUUGCUGGCCCAUUUGUUUACUUCCAAACCAUUAUCAAAUCAUGUCAGUUCAGAUGUCAGAUACAAUAUAUUUAUUAAAACAGAAAAAAACAAAACAUUUUUUUAAUCAUGAAACAUUUGUCCAUUUGGUCAAAAACACAACCAGAAAACAAAAAUAGAGAUGCUGGAUGUUUGCCAAUUUUUGCCUUCCUUUUUUCAUUUUAAUUUUUUUUAUAUAUAAUUCUAUAAAUAUAUAUGUAACUAUUGCUUAACCCGAUGUCUCACGAAGAGGGCAUCCAACCCUUGUUUGGUAUAUCUUUUCGGGCAGUAAAAGGGUUAGGUUCCUUAUUUGAAAUAAUAAAACAAUGCAGGGAUCACUGCCAUUUUGGCAGCAAAUUGCACAAAAAUGUCUUCUUUUUAUUUCUCUGAAGUAGUUGCAGUUUUAGAUUGCAUUUCUAGUAAGAUUUGAAAUGUGUAUUAUAAAGAUACAUUGUAAAAAAAAUUGUGACUUUUUUUUUUUUCCUUAAUAUUUACAAUAUGGAUUUUUUCCAUAUUGUUUAGAUUAUACACGCCGUCUAGCAUUCUUUAAUCCACAUUUUUGGUUUACAUUUAUUUGUAUCUAGACAAUUGAAAUCAUGCUUUAUUUUUUCAUUUUUUUUUUUGCCUUUCAACUUUUAAAGGGACAGUAAAUUCCUAAUUACAUGACCAUUGAUGUGUUUAUAGAAUAACAUGUCAGAGUCUAAACAUUUUUAUUUUUCAAAUUAAAGGGACACUCCUCAAAAUUAAACUUUCAUGAUUCAAAUAGAGUGCCAUUUUAAACAACUUUCCAAUUUAGUUCCUUUAACAAAAUGUUCAUUCUUUUUAUAUUUAUAAUUUGAGCCACCAUCUCCUGAGCAUGUACAAGAAUUCACAUAAUAUACAUAUAUGCAUUUGUGAUUGGCUGGUGGCUGUCACAUGAUACAGGGGGAGUGGAUAUAUACAUAACCGAAAUUUGUCAGGAAAAAAUCUACUAAUUUGACUAAGUGUUAUUGCAUUGUCUCAACCAUGCAUUUGUUGAUUAUGUAAAUCUACUAUAUUUACUGUUCCUUUAACAUUCAUUUUACUGUAAUUUGUUUUUCAAUAGACAUAGGUGCCAAUCUGAGGUCUUGCAGACAAGGCAUACCACAAUAUUCGCAUAUAAUGAAUGCAUUGUUUUACAAUUAGCAGUUAGUCAGUUAGGGAAAGAUAUUUAGUAGUCUUGAAAAGUCAGCAUGGGUGUAUUUGAGCUUCUGAGAAAAUCUAUUUUUUCUGAGCUAAAUUACAUGAAAAGGGCCUGAAAUAAAAUGUAUUGCAAAGUUGUUUUAUGCAUAGCUAAACAAUUUUAUAUAAAAAAAUUCAAGGUAUUUACUGUCUCUUUAAUCACUUGCAGAAUGAAUCCUCAAUCACUAAACCUUGUUUGGCGGUUAGAAUGACCUAAAGAAACAAUGUGACAUUAUCUGAGCCUGUGUUUAUUGUUCUCAUUAUUAGUUUUUCAACUGGCAUUUUUUGUGUUCUGAGAAGAUGCCUAGGAAAUAUUCCUGUUGGGGUUGUUUCUAAUGGAUUUUAUCUUCCAUAAAAAAAAAAAAAAAAAAUUUAAAUAAAAAAAGUUGUGAUGGGGUAACCGGAUAUUAUUUUGUCCUGUUUACCAAAAUAAUUUCUGUAAUGUUAUAAAUUCUGAUGGAACCAUUGUA